UUGGCAACCUUUCCUUCCUGGCCCAUCUCUCUGCCGAGCGCCCCGACGGCUCCUUGUCUUCCUCCUCGAGCGAGCGCCCCAGCCCCCUCGCUCCGUCGCUCGUCUUCCUCCUCGUGCGAGCGCCUCCACCGCAGACAUCUAUCUCCCCUGCAAUUCUCUCGUUCCCGACCGUUUCUCCUCCCAACACCCCACGAACAGAUCCCGCCCUUUAGCUUCCCGUUGCAUCUCCUUAAUCUUCCCCAAUUCGUAACUGAGGCAAAACCCUACCUUGCCCUACCGGGUCCUCCGCCCUUGGAUGCCACCAAGGAGGAAGCGGCGGGGGGCUGCCCCCACCGCCAAGCAGCAGCAGCCGGCACCUCCCGGCGCGGAUGCACCUCUAGAGGAGCAGCUCCGAUGGAGCAUCCACCAAGAAGUUGAACGUCGGAAAGCUGCCAUCAGAGCUAUUCAAGUAGCAGAGACUGAGAGCGUACUUUCUCGGUUGCGUUUGGUGCGGUCCUACAUUUCCAAGGAGCAAGAAGAAACAUGCGCCUUACAGUUUUUUCAGGAGAACUUGCCCAACUUAUCAGUUGUCCGGAAUGAAAAGGAGGAUGAGCUUGAGUUGAAAUGGAAAGACUUUGAUGAUCAAAUAAUUGGAGACGAGAGGGAUGACAAGAUUUCGCGAGCUUCGAUACCAGCUGCUACUGGUUUUCAGUUCUCAGCAGAUUCAGUCCAGAAGAAUUUCAAGGAGAUCACAGGUUUUGAUUUUAACAACUUUACUUGGAAUGAUCUACCUGAAGGUCAUAUGACAGGAGCAGCUAAUUCUUUAGAGACACCUGGGGCUAUGAGCAGUCGACUCUCUUUUGGCAUGACCCCAAAAACUGUAAGGUUGCCCAAGCCCGGUGAGAUGCUUUUAUCUGUGCACGGUUCACCUCUCGGAAUGUACAAAGAAGACAAUUUGGCAGCUAUUACUGAAUCUGCGAAUGCAAGUGGAGACGCUGCCUCAUGAUGCCCAUGCCGAUCCAUAUAUACUACCAGAGCAUAACCGGCCCUUGAUGUAAGAUUUAGGAGUUUGAUGUUGCGUCUCUGUUGACUGAAACCGGGAUACUCACCCAGAAUCAGAAUUCCAGCCAGUAAUCCCGCAGCAUAUCAAGCCUUAGUGCACCACAAGCUGCAGUGUAUUUAGGUUAAUCCUUUUGUGUAAUUUGUCGAAGCAUGUUGUUGGAUGCACAGUGUUGUUUGUAACUGCUGCAAAGAGUACUUGUUAAGGGUUUGUUAGUGAGGAGAGACAAGGUGUACUGUCUAUGUUGUAGACAAAACUGUAAUAUUCUACUUAGCUAUGUGUCGUGGCCUUACAUCAAUUGCAAGUGAAAUAGGCGUCUAAUUUUAUGUUU